AAUCCUUCUGGACACCUCAACAUCUCAUGGCGCGCUGGCGCGCGCAGCGACGCUGUGCGAGCUGUGAGAGCUGCGGCUGCGGUGGCAUCCAAUGCAGUCCAAUUCCACAGAGGCCUUACUGCAACUUUGGCACAUGUGUGUCAAGUCACAGGGAAGCGAUGUCGAUGCAGAGAGCGAGGGUCCGGUGCUGCAAUGGGAGACGCUGAGGAAAGUGAUGGCAGGUCUCCCAAUGGCUCGGCAGGAUGCUUUGCGCAGCACCCCGGAUGAGAUUCUACAGCGUCACUUCGGGGCUGCGCGGCACCGGCAGCGCUACGUUAACUUCACCCUCUUCUGGCGAGGAAUGGAGGCCAUCCUGCAAAGCGCCGGCGUUUUCAACAACAGCGGCUUUUCCGAGGAGAUGCUCCAGGUCAUCGCCAGCUUGCGCCACUUCCGCGACCUCCUACUGGAGCUGGACGCGGCCACAACGCCAGUGGCAGAGCUGCGGCGCCUCUAUGGGCGGCUGCAACAAAUGGCGACCAGCGCGGUUGUCGCAAACUAUUGGACAUUGAAACUGCAAGAGCUUCAUCAAGAUGCACAGACGGUAUCAGCUGAUGAGAUCGCCUUUGCCUUGCUGAAAUGGCUGGAAGAACUCUUAGGAUGCGAUGCCUCCGAGGCCUCUGAGGAUGAGUUCAUGGAUGAGCCAGAGCAAGAGCGGCAGCCAGAGGCUGCUGCAUUGCGUCUUGCAACGCCCCAGGAGGCGACUUCUUCAGGAUGGUCUUGGCUGGGUCGAGCUUCCACCCCGGAGGUGACCAGCUUUCGCCAGAGGAUGUUAAGAUUACUGCCGCGUGAAGCCACUGAAGACCAUGUAUUGCUUCACUUUUACCGUGCAGUGCGUGAUGCGCUUGAUGCCGGGCAAAUAGGCAGUCCUUGCAGCCAUGAACGUCUCCGAGUGACUCGGGCUUCUCUCCGGGGUGGUGUCGCCCUGCUCGAGAGGGUCGCCCUGAGGGAGGUGCGAGUAGCGUUCCGCCAGCUACAAAGGGCUAUGCGGAGACCCAGCCUGGUGCGUGGUGAUUCCGCUAUCGCACCACGGCCCAGCACACCUCGCUCCGAGGGAUGUGGAAUCAUGGCCGGUCUGGUCUGCAGCCAAGCCCUGGCAGCUCAGGUCUUGGACCGCCGUGCCAACCUGGCCCCCAGAGCUUUCUACAUGGCCUGGCUGCUGGAAAGAGCCCGACGUCGUUGCUUGGUCUCCGUCCUGAGCAUCCUCCGGCACGGCGCGCGGAAGAAGGUGUCCGAGUCCCCGACCCGCCGAUUGGUGAGGCCUCAGCCGGCUGUUCCUAAACAGGCAUCUUCUUCCCCCAGUCGACUUCCGGGCAGGUCCAAGACACCACCGACAAAGACUGCAAUCGUGUAAAAGCGCGAAUGCGGUGCUGAAAAUGACCGCUGCAAAUUGGUGACUUCAAGGCGUCCAAAGCCUCCCACUUUUUUUUUGCAUUUACAGACAAGUCUCUCAUGCUAUGCAG